ACACCCCACAGAAAUUCCUGCAGUGGGAGUGAGUUUUGGGGGAACAAAAAUGCACAGCAGCUUACGAAAAAGGGAAAAGAAAGGUUUCACUCUCGAAGUGAAAUUGUCUCCGUUGUCGCAAGAGUUUGCUGAAACCUGAGUUCGGUCGAUGGAAAGGAUCAAAAGGUUUCAGCAAUCUCUGCUGAUACUGGCUGGGGAAGGAGAGCAAGAAGAGGACUUGUUGGGAGAAUCCAGUGGAUCCUUUUCCCUCUCUCCUUUGCAGAGAUUGUAUGGCUUUGCUUUGUGUUUGGUUGCUGGUUUCGCUUUCAUGCUUCUGUCACUGAUUGUUUUCUACAGGCCCAUUAAAUUUGCAGUAAUGUUCAGUUUUGGGAACAUACUGGCCGUAGGAAGCACAGCCUUCUUCAUUGGGCCUGUAGAACAAGCAAGGAUGAUGCUUGAUCCAGUCCGUGUUUAUGCAACGAUUAUCUAUAUUGGUAGUGUCAUUCUUGCUCUUAUAUGUGCACUUGUGGUUCAUAACAAAGUGCUGACAAUGAUUGCAAUCAUUGUUGAAAUCUGUGCUCUCAUUUGGUACAGUCUAAGUUAUAUUCCCUUUGCUCGAAGAAUGGUUUCAGAAUUGCUGAUUAGCUGUUGUGACACUGAAAUUUAGAUUGGUGAAGCUCUGUGACCAAAACCUAUCAUUGAAAGGGACAAAGCAUGCAAAACUGCUGAUCAUAAAAAAUAACAAAAAAUGACACAAGAUUUUUCUGUUUGUUUGUUUUUUUUUUUCCCAAUUUGUAUGUGCAUGUAUUUGUUUGCAGGCUUGAUUUGUGAGUGAAGAGUGUGUACCAAGAUACAUAUGGAGAGCUUAUAUCGGCAUGAUCGUUUUUCCUAACCUUUUGCUUUUUAACCUACCCAUGUGCUCCAAACCUGAACAUAAUCACCAACUUGAAUUUCUUCAGCCACUUCUUGUUCUUCUGAUGAUCCUCGAUGUCAACCAAGUUUGCAGCAAUGAUAUCAUGUUCCAUCAAUCGUGAAACAAUGAAGUUGGGCAUAUGAUCAUUGUGGAACAGAAACUGGGCUUUGGUUCUCUUUUUCUGUUAGAAAUUGUGAAGGUUUUGUCUCCAAAGAAGCAUGGUUGACACUUGACUCCAUUUUCCUUGUUUUA